UCAUCUAGUUGGGAGAACGUUUUCCAUCGUGCCUUAACCUUUUUCACCAAACCGAAACCGGAUGUUGUAGCUCUUAUUUUGGACGGCCGACUACUGACUUCCGCUUUAAGGCGGUCAUCUUGACGCUGCUUGACUGGCGGCUAGAGCGCAUGAAAGCCGGCCAAAGACGCCCAGCGGGGCCGCCACUAAGUCUUCUUGUUGGGUCCGGCCGUCUUCAACAUCAUUUAGCGGACGACGUGACGACUCGAAGCGGAAGUUCCACGACGAGCGGAGGAUUAUCCAGCGAGGCGUUUCCAGCGGACAAUACUGCCGCAAACUUUGUGACGCUGUCGCAAAGUUGAGAAGCAGGACAAGUUGGAAGGAGAAUGGCGGCAGGUUAGGUAUGACUCACCUCGGUUAGGUAUGGCUCACCUCGGUUAGGUAUGGCUCACCUCGGUUAGGUAUGGCUCACCCCGGACUGUGACAAGUGCGUCCAUGGAGGAGCGGGAGAGGGAGGGGGAGGACAUGUUGGUGGUGAGUGGGAACCAGGUUCGAGCCCCGCUGAGCGUAGUGUUCGCCACCCUGCUUUACUGCGCAGAGCUGAUCAACGCCGCCGUCCUGUGCCGACAAUACAGCCGCAAUGACGACACCCACUGGCUGGCCUUCACCCUCACCUUCAUGCUGCUGCCCGCCGUCCUCAUCCAGAUGACGCUCAUCUUCAUCCACAGAGACGUGGGCAGGGACAGGCCGCUGGUCCUCCUCCUGCACCUGCUCCUGCUGGGGCCCCUCAUCAGGUGUUUUGAUGCCUUGGUGGUGUACUUCAAAGCCGGCAAGGGGGAGGAGCCAUACGUCACCAUCACCAGGAAGAUCUUCCUGGGGAGAGGCCACCAGACGACCUGGACCGAGUACGAGAUCAGCCGGUCGCAGCGCAUCCUGGCCACGCACAAGAAUGCCUUCAAGCGCACCUCCGUCAUCCAGGCCUUCCUGGGCUCCACGCCGCAGCUCACCCUCCAACUGUACGCCAUGAUCCAGGAGAAGUACAUCCUGCCUGUAGGACUGUCGCUGAUGAUCAUCACCAAGGUGUCCAUCAUUUACGGCGCCCUGGUGUGCAGCGUGCUCGCCAUCCAGGUGCGCUACGACGACUACAAGGUGCGUUUCCGCAAGUUGGCCUACCUGUGCAUGGUCCUGUGGCGAGGCCUGGAGAUCGCCACCCGGAUCACCAUCCUGGUCCUCAUGAGCACGGCGCUCAACCAUUGGGUCAUCCUGGUGGGCGUGGCCAACCUGCUCUUCUUCUUCUUCCUGCCCUGGGCGGAGUUGUGGGCCAAAAAGGGCUCGCUGGCCGAGGACGUGGAGAAGAACUUCUCCAAGCUGGGCACGGUGGUGGUGUUGAGCGCCUUCACGCUGCUCUACGCCUGCAUCAACGUCUUCUGCUGGUCGGCCGUGCAGCUGGACCUGGGCCACCCGGAGCUCCUGGACCGGAAGCAGCGCUGGGACCGCCUGGCCGCGUACUACAGCGUGCGCUUUGUGGAGAACCUGCUCCUCCUCACGCUCUGGUACUUCUUCAAGACGGACUUCUACGAGUACGUGUGUGCGCCGCUGCUGGCCGUGCAGCUGCUGGUGGGCUACAGCCUGGCCGUGCUCUUCAUGCUGCUCUUCUACCAGUACCUCCACCCCUGCAGGCGCCUCUUCAGCCACAACGUCCUGUGCUGCCGCCAGGACCACCUGGAGGCCGGGAAGAUGGCACCCUCCUACUCCGCCGCCGCCACCAUGGUGCUGAUGUCGGACGAGCCCGUGGCGCUGCUGGACCCUCCGGACUCCCACCUGCAGGAGACCGCCAUCUUGGAUGACCUGACAGAAUAUGCCUGAGAAAAAUGUGGUGUUUGGAGGAGGUGGAGUGGACUUGAACAACAUCGUUGGAGACUUUGGCCUUCAAGACCCCCCCCCCCCCUCCCGGAUUGUGACCCAAACAAUGUAUUCUCCCAGACAAAGAGAGCGGCUCAGAACUGAACCAGGUGUGCAAGGCAAGCUGGCCAAAAAGGUGUGGGGAGUUUUGGGAGUCACUCCGCCCACCGAGAUCUUCCUCCUCUUGCUUGUGGAAGUGUGACAGAUAUCUCCACUAAUGAACUCCUAUGUGGGACCUUUGAAAAGAUGCAAGCAAUCAGAUUGUUCCCAGGAAGAAUGUCACUGGAAAGAAAAUGUGGAUCGAGAACAAAAUUUAAGAUGGCUGCCACUGAAUGAGCUUUUUCUCUAUUUUACUGCUUGUGCCUUCACCCUUUUCUUCUAUUUGAACGUUUAAUAAAGAAUAACAAUGACAACAUC